CGCGCUAGUGUAUUUUAAACUUCAUGUGCUGUUUACCUCAACACGUGCGGGAUUUUUUGUUUAUAUUUUACUCGUGGUUUUUUCGUUUAAAACCAGCCGCAAAAUGAAGUUUUCAUACAAAUUCUCUAACCUGCUUGGGACAAUAUAUCGCAAUGGAAAUUUGGUCUUCACGCCGGAUGGAAAUUCGGUUAUCAGUCCUGUUGGCAAUAGAAUAACGGUGUACGAUUUAAAAAACAACAAAUCGCGCACCUUGUCCUUGGAAUCAAGAUAUAACUAUACGAACCUGGCUCUUUCGCCAGAUGGAAGUCUUCUGAUAGCAGUGAAUGAAAAAGGAGAGGCACAACUCAUCAGCAUGAUGUCAUGUACAGUAAUUCAUCGGCAUAAGUUCCAGACGGGUGUUCAGUGCAUUUGCUUCAGUCCAAAUGGCGCAUUCUUUGCAGUGGCUGUCCAGAACGUAGUACUUAUAUUCUGUUCUCCGGGUGAGAUUACUGGGGAGUACAAUCCAUUCGUUCUGAGGAGAAGAUUCCUCGGUGGCUACGACGAUGUCACAUGGCUGGACUGGUCCUCGGAUUCCAGGUUCCUAGCCAUCGGUUGCCGAGAUAGUUCCACCAAAAUCUGCGCCAUCAACUAUACGAAGAACUUCCGGACUUAUAACCUAAGUGGUCAUACGGAUGCCAUUGUGGCCUGCUUCUUUGAAUCGAACAGUUUGCACUUGAAUACCAUAAGUCGAAAUGGUCAACUGUGUUUGUGGGAAUGCAGUAUGGCUCCUUCGGAUUUGGAGGACGCAGAGAGACCUGCGAUUGCUCCUCCUCAGACAAAGAGGGAGAAAAAGGCUGAACCCGAAAAUGAGUCCGAAGAUGACGUUGAAAAUGUGGUGGAAACGGAGGCUGUGAAGGAGGAGGGUUCCAAAGGAGCCGAAGAUGUCAACGAAGUAAAAGAUGAGGGUGAGAGAAAGGGUCAUCCUUUCUUUUACAAGAAAAUUACUCGGCAUUACUUGGCCGAUGAGCCGCGCAAGGAGCAACGGGAUGUUCAACUGACCGCAGCCAAUUACAACACUCGCACUAAGGUUCUUGUUGUGGCAUUUAGUUCCGGAGCCUUCUACCUCUACGAACUGCCGGACGUCAACAUGAUUCAUUCGCUGAGCAUCUCCGACUAUCCCAUUUCGGCAGCCCUCUUCAACUGCACUGGCGACUGGGUGGCAUUGGCUUCCAGGGAGAUUGGGCAACUUUUGGUAUGGGAGUGGCAGAGCGAGCAGUACAUUAUGAAGCAGCAAGGACACAGCAGUGAGAUGACCUGCAUUGCAUAUUCUUCCGAUGGUCAGUUUAUUGCCACUGGUGGCGAGGACUCAAAAGUGAAGCUGUGGAACACACAGAGCAGCUUCUGUUUUGUCACGUUCAGCGAGCAUACAAGUGGAGUAACUGGGAUACAGUUUAGUAGGAACAAGAAAUUUUUAGUCAGCAGCUCACUAGAUGGCACAGUACGCGCUUUUGACGUAAAUAGAUACCGAAACUUUAGAACUUUUACCUCACCAAAUCCUGUACAGUUUUCUUGCGUAGCUGUGGAUUACUCUGGAGAGUUGGUUGUAGCUGGUGGGCAGGAUGUUUAUGACAUAUUCCUGUGGUCGGUAAAGACGGGCAAGCUGCUGGAAAUCAUAAGCGGCCAUGAGGGACCUGUGGUUUCCCUGGCAUUCUCUCCGGUAGCUACUUCUUCAACUCUGGUGUCUGGUUCUUGGGACAAAACUGUCAAGAUUUGGAACUGCCUUGAGAGCAACAGCGAGCAUGAAUCUAUUGAUGCUGUUUCAGAUGUAACUAAUGUGACUUUCAGUCCCAGCGGUGAAGAGAUUGCCGUGGCCACUCUGAGUGGUAAUAUAACCAUUUUCGACAUCAAAUCUGCCAGCCAAGUUAGUGCCAUAGAGGGGCGUAAUGAUUUAAGCGGAGGACGACUGGAAACCGAUAUAAUAACAGCCAAAAAGAAUGCCCAGGCCAAUUAUUUCUCCACCAUUGAGUACUCCGCGGAUGGAGAGUGCAUACUGGCUGCUGGUAAGUCGGCAAACAUCUGCAUAUACCAUGUCAGAGAGGCUAUACUUCUGAAGAAAUUCGAAAUCACCCAAAACCACAGCUUAGAUGGUCUUAAUGACUUCAUAAGUCGUAAGCACUUAAGUGAAUUUGGUAACAUGGCACUGGUGGAAGAACGUGAAGAGUUAGAGGGAGGAAAGGUAGCGAUUAGAUUGCCGGGAGUACGUAGCGGAGACAUGUCCUCCAGGCGAUUCCAGCAAGAGGUUAGAGUGUUCUCCGUGAAGUUCUCACCCACGGGUCAGGCAUUUGCAGCUGCAGGAACUGAAGGACUCUGCAUUUAUGCCUUGGAUAAGGGCGUUGUCUUUGAUCCCUUUGACCUAUCGCUGGAAGUCACGCCGAAAGCGGUCCACGAGUCGCUUAAAAAGCAAAACUACACCAAGGCGCUGGUCAUGUCCCUGAAGCUAAACGAGCCCAAUUUGAUUGCCCUAGUGCUGGAGCGAGUGCCGUAUAAGGACAUCGAAUUGGUUUGUGCGGAUCUGUCGCCGGAGUUUGCCCAGCGACUGUUGCAACAAUUGGCCCGCCAUCUCCAGUCAACACCGCACAUUGAAUUCUAUUUGCAAUGGAGCUGUUGUCUACUGACCAAACACGGUAAUCAGGAUGGAGUCUUUCAGCACACAGGUCUGCUGGCCCUGCACGAGGUGCUCUCGAGGAAGUACGAAAUGCUCAAUAAGAUCUGCGAUUAUAACAAAUAUACUUUGAGAGUGCUUUUGGACAGAGCAGAUAAGUUGGAGCAGGAAAAUGAGGGGAAAGCAACUGUUGUAGAAGAAGAUAGCGAUGAGGAAAUGCUACUUAUCAGGUCAAAAGAUGACGAGAAUGGUCAAUCGCAGUUUACCGAUGAGGAGGAGAGUGACAGCGGAUCUGAAGAAGAGGAUUAGGAGUUAAUCAUCCUCGUGUUAAUGCUGUUACAAAAAUGAACUAUUAGUUUGUUUGAUAGAUGUACGCGCCUUGUCUUUUAUUAAGAAUAAAUUUAAAGCUUUUCGAUAA